CGCGUCCAGUUUCCGCACCCGUCAGCCACAUAUAUAAGGAUUCAAGCCGCCGGAAUCGAUGCUUGGCCCGCUAUACCGUACUCCCCUCCGUAGUCCCUCGGUCCGCCAUGGAUCCCGCCCAACUUCACGACGUGAACAGCGGCGACAAGCUGCCCGAGGUGCCCCUCGGCACCUCGACUGCAGCCGCCUAUGCAAACGCUGCCCUCCACAAUCUCAGCGUCUCCCACCACGAUGAAUCCCAUGAACUCCGGGCCCCUAAUGAUGCCAACGAGGACGAGCGGCAUAGACAUGUCUCUGUUGGUCACUUUGACCCCGAUGGUGUAGACCAGCUCAAGCGCACCAUGUCCCGCAUGUCCGCUGGUCAACGAAGCACUGGUCAACGCAGCGAGAAGCGGGGCGCGACCGCAGCGAGCCUCCUCCCGACUCACGCAUCUCACCGUUCGGACGAGUCCUCGGAGCACACGCUCUCGGGAGAUGGACCGUUCGAUUUUGAGAAGACGCUCCAGCAAACGGUCCGACGGUUGGACGAGUCCGACAUCAAGCGGCGUGAACUCGGUGUCGUAUUUGACGGUCUCCGAGUCGUCGGCCUGGGAGCAUCUGUCAGCUACCAGCCAACGCUCGGCUCGACUCUGAAUCCGUUUAAUGUGCUUGAGACAAUCAAGAAGCUCCGCCACCCCCCUGUCAAAGACAUCCUCAGCGGUUUCGAAGGCUGCGUCAAACCAGGCGAAAUGCUGCUGGUCCUCGGGCGCCCGGGCGCGGGCUGCAGCACACUGCUCAAGACGCUCGCCAAUCAGCGCCAGGAUUACCACCAGGUCCUCGGCGAUGUGUGGUACGACGACUUCACCCCGCAGGAGAUCGCGAAGCACUACCGCGGCGACAUCCAGUACAGCCCCGAGGACGACGUGCACUUUGCGACAAUGACCGUCCGACAGACGCUCGACUUUGCCGCGAAGACGCGCACCCCGCAUACACGCCUGAACGAGACGCGCGAGCAGCACCGUGACAAGAUGAUUGAUGUCCUCACGACCAUCUUCGGUCUGCGGCACGUCAAGGACACGCUCGUGGGCGAUGCGAGCAUUAGGGGUGUCAGCGGUGGAGAGAAGAAGCGUGUCUCAAUCAGCGAGGUCCUUGCCGCGCGCAGUCUCCUGACGUCCUGGGACAACUCCACCCGUGGUCUCGAUGCGUCAACCGCGCUGGAAUUCGUCCGGGCGCUCCGCCUCGCGACGGACAUCGCCCGCGUCUCCACCAUCGUGUCGAUCUACCAGGCCGGCGAGCAGCUGUACCAGCUCUUCGACAAGGUCUGCGUGAUCUACGAGGGCAAGAUGGCGUACUUCGGGCCCGCCUCCCGCGCGCGGCAGUACUUCAUCGACAUGGGGUACGAGCCCGCGAACCGGCAGACCACCGCGGACUUCCUCGUCGCGGUCACGGACCCGAACGGGCGCAUCCCGCGCGCGGACUUCCAGGGCCCGCCGCCCCCGCGCACGGCGGACGAGUUCGCUGCGUACUUCAAGAACAGCGCGUUGGGCCGCGUGAACCGCGAGGACAUGCGGCAGUACCGCGAGCAGUCCAGCGGGAUGCAGGAGAAGAAGCAGAUGUACCGGAUGAGCCACCGCGCGGAACACGCGAAGACCACCCAGAAGAAGAGCCCGUACAUCAUCUCGAUCCCGAUGCAGGCGCGGGCCCUCAUGCUGCGCCGCUGGCAGAUCAUCCAGGGCGCGAAGGCUACCCAGGUCAUCCAGGCGUUGAGUUUCGUCCUCCAGGCGAUCAUCGUCGGCACGAUUUUCUUGCGGCUGGACAACAACACUGCGACGUUCUUCUCCAAGGGCGGUGUUCUUUUCUUCGCACUCUUGUUUGCGGCACUCUCGACCAUGGCGGAAAUCCCGGCACUCUUCAUUCAAAGGCCCAUCGUACAGCGGCACUCACGGGCGGCGAUGUACCACCCGUUCGUCGAGUCACUGGCGCUGACACUCGUUGACAUUCCGAUCACCAUUCUUACGCUCGUUCUGUUCACUAUAAUUCUCUAUUUCCUCGUCGGUCUGCAAGAGGAUGCGGGCAAGUUCUUCAUCUUCCUGCUGUUCGUCUUCGCUAUGACGAUCACGAUGAAGGGCUGGUUCCGUGCGCUCGCUGCGCUGUUCGCGAGCGCCGCUCCCGCCCAGGCUGUCGCCGGUGUCUCGGUCUUGAUCCUGACCCUCUACACGGGCUACACUAUCCCCCAGCCGUCCAUGAUCGGAGCUCUGCGCUGGAUCACCUACAUCAACCCACUGAAAUACGGCUUCGAGGCGCUCGUAGUCAACGAGUUCCAAGGCCUCAAUGCGGCUUGUGCCCAGAUCGUCCCGUCCGGUGCAGGGUACGAGAGCGUAUCGAUUGCGAACCAGGUCUGCACGACGGUCGGGUCUGUCCCCGGACAGGCGGAGGUCAGCGGUAUGAACUACGUCGAGCUGUCGUACGGCUACUCGUUCAGCCACCUCUGGCGCAAUUUCGGCGUCAUCUGUGCGUUCGGCAUAGGCUUCAUCGGGAUCCUCCUGGCUCUCUCCGAAUUCAACCUCAGCGUCGCGGGCGACUCGUCUGUCACGCUCUUCAAGCGCGGCGCCAAGUUCAACCUCGACCAGCCCAAGGGCGACGUGGACGAGGAGAAGACCGGCGACGCGAUCGGCAGUGACGGGGCCUCGACGCGUCGCAACGCGGAGGGCGUGUCGGAGGAAGCACAGAAGGCUAUGGAGGACGUGCCCGCGGGCAAGAACACUUUCUCGUUCGAGAAUCUGACGUACGUCGUGCCGGUCCAGGGUGGCCACCGGAAGCUCUUGGACAACGUCUCUGGUUAUGUCGCUCCCGGCAAGCUGACCGCUCUUAUGGGCGAGUCUGGCGCUGGUAAGACGACGCUGCUGAACGUGCUCUCCGAGCGCACGAGCGGCGGCGUUGUCACGGGCGAUCGCCUCAUGAACGGCCAGGCGCUCCCGUCAGACUUCCGAUCGCAGACCGGCUACGUACAGCAGAUGGACACUCACCUCCCCACCGCCACCGUGCGCGAGGCACUCCUGUUUUCUGCUAAGCUCCGCCAGCCCGCCUCCGUCCCGAUCGCCGAGAAAGAGGCUUGGGUCGACAAGUGUCUGAAGAUGUGCGGUCUCGAGGAGCACGCGGAUGCCGUCGUCGGCUCUCUGGGCGUCGAGCAUCGUAAGCGCACGACAAUCGGUGUUGAGCUCGUCGCGAAGCCGUCCCUGAUCUUCUUGGACGAGCCUACCUCCGGUCUUGACUCGCAGAGCGCUUGGGCCAUCGUCUGUUUCCUCAGGAGUCUGGCGGAUGCGGGCCAGUCUAUCGUUUGCACUAUCCACCAACCGUCUGCGGAACUGUUCGAGGUGUUCGACCGUUUGCUCUUGUUGCGCAAGGGUGGCCAGACUGUCUACUUUGGCGAUCUUGGCCACAAGUCCACGACGCUUAUCAACUACUUCGAGACUCACGGCGGCAGGCAUUGUACGGACGAUGAGAACCCGGCCGAGUACAUCUUGGAUGCUAUUGGUGCGGGUGCCACGGCGACGACGGACGUUGACUGGCACGACGCCUGGGGGAAGUCGCAGGAAGCGCAGACUAUCAACAGCGAACUCGAGCAGAUCCACGCUGAGGCGAGCCAACGCCCGCCCGUUCAGGCUUCCAUGACCCGCGCGUUCCCGACACGAUGGGGCUACCAGUUGUGUACCCUGCUCUACCGCGAUGCUCAGAACCGCUGGCGGGACCCGUCGUACAUGAUGGCGAAGCUCGGCGUCAACAUCGCGUCCGGUCUGCUCAUCGGCUUCACGUUCUUCAAGGCCAAGGACAGCAUCCAGGGCACGCAGAACAAGCUCUUCGCGAUCUUCAUGUCGACCAUUCUCUCCGUGCCACUCUCGAACCAGCUGCAGGUGCCGUUCCUUGACUCGCGCAAGAUCUACGAGAUUCGCGAGAGCCACAGCAGCAUGUACAGCUGGACCGCCUUCCUCACGUCGCAGAUCCUCGUCGAGAUCCCGUGGAACAUUCUUGGCUCGACGCUGUACUUCCUCUGCUGGUACUGGACUGUCGGUUUCCCGAGUGACCGCGGCGGGUUCACAUACCUCAUGCUCGGCAUCGUCUUCCCGCUGUACUACACCACUAUCGGCCAGGCCGUCGCCGCGAUGACCCCGAACGCGGAGAUUGCAGCGCUUGUGUUCAGUUUCCUGUUCUCGUUCGUGCUGUCAUUCGAUGGUGUCUUGCAGCCCUUCCGGGAGCUCGGCUGGUGGCAGUGGAUGUACCGUCUCUCGCCCUUCACCUACCUCAUUGAAGCGCUGCUCGGGCAGGCCAUCGGGCACAGUAACAUCACCUGCUCGUCUACGGAGCUCGUGACGAUCAACCCACCGUCGGGCUCGACGUGUGGGAGCUACAUGGGUCCGUUCAUCCAGUCCGCCGGCGGGUACCUCACGAACGAGGACGCGACGAGCGCGUGUGAGUACUGUGCGUACCGCACGACGGACGCGUUCCUCGGCGAGAGCUUCAACAUCUACUACUCGAACCACUGGCGCGACUUUGGUAUCUGCAUCGCGUACAUUGCUUUCAACGUGAGUGCCGCUUUCCAUUGUGAAGCGGGCUGCAUACUGAUGGUGUUAAUCCAGAUUGCUUGCAUCUUCGCGUUCUCGUGGCUCUUCCGCUUCAGGUCUGGAAGCAUGAUUGGAUGGAUCAAGAAGCGCAUCGCUCGUAGAAACUAGACUUUAUCUUUCCCUUCCCGUAUCUUCCAAGUAAUAUCCAAUGGACUAUCAUUUCAAGACGCAGUUUCUCGCAAUCCGUAUCUCAGAAUGUCACACAUACCUAGAUUAACAUACGGCAUCUCAUGUAGAAUUAUGGCACUAUGAUCUAAUGAAGAUCUGCUCGUUCGUUUUGCGUCUUUGGAUGAAAGAAACUUCUUGUAUUAGCAAUCGAUGCCUGACAGUUGUCC